AUGGACGGGGGGGAGGGGUCGGCGGCGGGAGGGGCGGCGACGGGGAGGUUGGCGCUGAGGGGGCCUGUCUUUGAUGUGCUGACGCCGUUUACGGGCGAGGGAGAAGUGGACUUUACCGCCUUCGGGGACUACUUACAGUUCCUGUCCGAGGCUGGCGUGCCUACCAUACUGUGCAACGGAGAGGCGGGGGAGUUUGCCUCAUUGACGACGGGCGAGCGGAAACUCAUCGUAGAUUUCGCGAGGAAAACCUUUUCGGGCACGGUGCUGAACCACGUGAGCGCGUCGGCGCUUCCUGACGUGACGCAACUCAUCUCUCACAGCUCUGGCAAGUCCGGCGGCGGCUCCCGCACUCUGGCCGACGCGGUUCUCGUGAUGCCCCCGUGCUCCAGCUUCGGGGGUUACCCAGGAGGAAGAGAGACGGAGAGGGGGGGGGACGAGCGAGGAACGGAGGCGUUUCUGCGGAAGGCGCUCGGGGGGUGCCAGCUUCCCGUCUUCCUCUACAGCGCCGCAGGUGCACAGGUUGGCUGGGGGUUGGGGGAGGUAGAAGUCAGGGGCACCACAGAUGUUGUCGAGAGCAGAGAGAAGAGGAGGGAGGGAUUGGGGGUGACGUGA